AUGAACAACAUCAACAUCCACAUCCCCAUCUCCAUCCCGCCUGAUCAGACUGUAUCCCCCCUCGGUGUCACCCACACCAUCGGACGUGAUCUCACUUUUACUCGUAGAGGUCGUACCAAAUCUAAAUCUACUGGUCUAAACCUCCUCCAACGUAAAAACUAUCUCAACAAAGAAAACAUUCUCCCCAAAUCUACCAAACCCGGAUCGGCUCGGGCUCGUUCGACAGCGAGGACGACACCCACACCCACACCCGGUGGAGAAUUUAUCGAUAGGAACGUAAUCUCAACUACUCGACUCAAUGUUCGAACCCAAACUACAGGGAACACGAUUCGUACUCCCCUUUCUAUCAUUUCUCCUGAUUUGAACGAGAACGGGGCUGUUCGAGUCGGCCCUCGGCCUCGGGCGACUGUUCGAACUCGCCUUUCUACCAUUUCACCUAAUUUGAACGGGAACGGGGCUGUUCGUGCCGGGCCUCGGGUAACUCGACGGGAAGAUAUGAACUUGACUUUGAGGCAACAUAUGGACUUUGCUGCGGUUGAAAUGACUGUGCGAGAAGAUAUGGAAGCAAACGUCGCUCUUCCUUCUACUCUCUCUCACCCGCCGGAAGAAGAUAUGGAAGCAAACGUCGCUCUCCCUUCUACUCUCUCUCACCCGCCGGAAGAAGAUAUGGAAGCAAACGUCGCUCUCCCUUCUACUCUCUCUCACCCACCGGAAGAAGAUAUGGUAGAAGAUCGGAUAGAUGCGGACAGAAAGUCAGAAUCACGUAGAUGGGUAAAGAUUGAAUGUUUAGCGUUGAAAGAAUUCAACCGAAAAGUCGAAACGCUUUGUCAAUCGUAUCGAGCUUGUGCCAGGUUUAACCUACCUUCCGACCAACUGAUCCGAGAGUUUUGGGAAUCGGUCCGGGAGGUACUUGAACAACGUAAAGUCACUUUGGAGAUUAUCACUGACCAUCGACGAAAAGCUCCAGGGGGUGCGAGAUGGCAUAACGGUCGUGGUAUCUAUAUCAACGCUCCUUUUGAACUCUUCGACGGUAAACUAGCUAGAAAGUUUAUCCGCCAAGGCGGCCGAGUACAAGUCGAGUGGAACACGGUUCUUGAACAAGAGCUUUGGACUCAACUUCAAGAUCAUAUACGCGAAGCCAACGUGAAAGGUGAACUCGUAGGCAAGACGAUGGAUGAGGUCAGGAAGUGGAAAGUAGAGUAUGGAUUGGGUACGAUGGGUAAAUAUUGGCCUGAAUGGUGGAGUGUGUAUAGGGAAUGA